CUGGCAUUGAUCUCUUUAUUGCUGUUUCACAUUUUGCUGUGUCAGUGAUAGAUUGUAUCUAAGCCUUUUAUGCCUUCUGGCUUUGAUGCGCGACUACUAAAGUUUGUGCUGCUCCUGCAUUUGUAUACAGUGCUGCUAGCUACUACCAUACCACUACCAGUUUAUUGGAAGGGCACUUAUGGAUUUUGUUUUUUUCCACCAUAUAGAUUAUUUUGUAGCUGUUCAAGCUCAUGGAAGCCCAACAAUUACUGAGCAGCUGCAUGCUUCUUGGAGAAGUGGCGGCUUAUACAAAGCUUGGUAUGAUUCAAUGCAGACUUGGUUAUGUAGGACCAGUUGGGGAUGACCCACAGUGCAUGGAAGGACUUGAAGGGUUUGGAUUAAAAGUCACCUUAUGGUCCUACAAUGGAUAAUUAUUCUUUGGACCAAUACCUUGUCUAAAAACCUAAAAAAAAAAGGCACUUUAACAUAGGAGAUUUGUCAACUGGUGGUGGUCUGGAGUAAUCGUACUCCUAUUAUCCUAUAAUAAAAGUUCAAACAUACAUCUUAUAUUUAUGCGGGAAAUAAGAGUUAUAGCGAGUCUUAGGAGAACGCAAAAAGAGGGUAAUCUCAGUAGAGGUUGAAAUUAAUAGAAGAGAGAGGGGGAGGGGUGCGAGAAGGGUUGAACCCAAGGUAUGCCGUACCGGCCGGUACGAACCGGUCCAGGAGCAAAACGGUACCGGAUCAACGUGGGAUCCGGUACUGCAGGUUUAUUUUUGAAAAAUAGACCGGUACUGGCAUCGGUACUGGUCGGUAUCGGUCGGUACUGUCCCGAUUGGGUUGAUCUACUUCCUCCUGACUAUACUUAUAAUUCGGAUAUCGACGAGAGCCAUCGGCACUCGUUCCAAUUUUAGAUAUCCGAUAGUACUUUAAAUGUAUGUAAAUGAUUAUAUCUUAAUUUGAAGAUAUUUUAUGUGUCUCAUUUUAUCAUUUGUAAUUUUGUAUUAUUUGGAAUGGAAGUAAAAAGAUGCAUCAUCUAUCUUCAACGCUAAACUUAAACAUAGAAACAUCAAAAAUCAUAAAAAAAUAAUAAAAAAACAUCAAACUUCACUUGAUUUCACAAAAUAAGAUCCAACAGAGACAGAACUUCAAGAAAAAAAACCACCGAAAUUCAAAAUCCGACCAUUCAACUGGGACCGGUACGGGAUCGGACUGGACCAAUAUGUACCAGUCUGGGCCGCCACCGGUACACCGACCGGUACCGGUACGGCGGACCUUGGUUGAACCUGAUACAAAUGAAUCCUUUAUUUUUUGUUUUUCAAAACAAACCACGUAUAAUCAUUCUUGAUCCAGGAAAAGAGAAGUAGGAUCAAACCUGGUCUCAAGAAUUCUUUCUUUUUUUUUCCAAAACAAACCAUGUACGAUCAUUUUUAAUCCAGCCUUAAUGGGUCUUUUUGAUAAUGUCUUCAUUACUUAUUCUACAGGUAAACUAGGACUCUUAGAAAUCAAGUAACCAAUUUCUACAACCAAAUGUUCCUAAAAUACAAAAUUCAGAAUCCCAUAUAAGACUAGAUAGAAAGACAUUUAAAACAACAAAAAAGUCAAAUCAUAACAACUCUAUGACUUGAACCCAAGAUAUACCUAAAGUAAGAGUCUUCAAAUACAAUCCUACUUAAAAUAGGACUUCAAAACAUGCUUUAAAAAUUAUGUAGUUAAAAUUUUCAAAAAUAAUGAAAUCUAAAUAUAUAUCUCUGUGUGUCUCAACUUAUAAAGAAUAAUGUUAACUUUUGUUUUUUCUUCUCCUUUGGGUAACUGAAGUGCAUGCCAGUUUGUUGGAUUCUUGUACAUUUUAAUGUUUAUUUGUGUCCUAUGGUCAAUAUUCAUGGAGACAGACUUUAUAGAAUUGAAGUACUUUGUUGGCAUUGCAUUUGCUUUUCUGUUAGUGUUUUCACUAAUAUAUAUAACUAUUAAUAUUUUCCUAAAACUUGUUGCAGAUAAAGUGGUGAUGAUUUCAGUUGCAUUUCUUGUAAUCUUGUUCAGUGUACAGAAGUAUGGAACCAGCAAAGUGGGGCUUGCAGUUGGCCCUGCUUUAUUUGUAUGGCUUUGCUCCCUAGGGGGCAUUGGAGUCUACAAUCUUGUAAAAUAUGGUGUAACAGUUUUGAGGGCAUUCAAUCCUGUCCACGUCUAUUAUUAUUUUGAGAGGAAUUUAACUCAGGCUUGGUUAUCUCUUGGUGGUUGUCUCCUGUGUGCAACAGGUUCUGAGGCAAUGUUUGCAGAUCUUUGCUAUUUCUCUGUAGGAUCUGUUCAGCUAACUUUUGUGUUUUUGGUUCUGCCCUGCCUUCUGUUGGGAUACCUUGGCCAAGCUGCAUUCCUUAUGGAAAAUCUAACUACCUCUGAGCAGGUCUUCUUUUCGUCCAUCCCAAGUUGGGCUUUUUGGCCAGUCCUUCUCGUAGCCAACAUUGCUGCAUUGAUUGCAAGUCGGACAAUGACAACAGCGACAUUUUCAUGCAUAAAACAAUCAACAGCGCUUGGUUGUUUUCCUCGUCUCAAAAUUAUUCACACAUCACGGAAGUUCAUGGGUCAGAUAUAUGUUCCGGUCAUAAAUUGGUUUCUGCUGGUCUUCUGCUUGGCAUUUGUUGCCACCUUUGGAAGCAUAACUGACAUUGGCAAUGCAAAUGGCACUGCAGAACUUGGAAUAAUGAUGAUGACAACAAUUCUAGUAACCAUCAUUAUGCUUCUAAUAUGGCAGAUUAACAUCUUCAUAGUGCUUUUGUUUGUCAUAUUCUUUCUGGGGCUGGAAUUAGUUUUCUUCACUUCUGUUUUGGGUAGUGCGGAGGCUGGAAGUUGGGUUUUGUUGAUUUUUGCAGCAAUAUUGUUUAUGAUAAUGUACAUAUGGACUUAUGGGAGCAAGCUAAAGUAUGAAUCCGAAGUUAAACAGAAGCUUUCAAUGGAUCUGAUGAUGGAGUUGGGCUGCAACCUUGGUACCAUUAGAGCCCCUGGUAUUAGCUUAGUUUACAAUGAGUUAGUGAAAGGAAUUCCAGCAAUAUUUGGACACUUUCUGACCACCCUUCCAGCAAUCCACUCUAUGAUCAUAUUUGUGUGCAUAAAAUAUGUGCCAGUUCCUGUAGUUCCUCAGAGCGAAAGGUUUCUCUUCCGGCGUGUCUGCCCAAAGAGCUAUCACAUGUUCCGUUGCAUCGCUAGGUAUGGCUACAAGGAUGUAAGGAAAGAGCCUCACCAAAUGUUUGAACAGCUACUUCUUGGGAGUCUUGAAAAGUUCAUACGUCGAGAAGACCAAGAACGCUUAUUAGAGAGUGGAGAUAGCGAUUCGGAUGCCGAAGCAGCGGCAUCACGUUCAAGAAUUCUUAUAGCUCCAAAUGGCAGUAUGUAUUCCCUUGAUGUCCCUCUCUUGGCUGCUUAUAACUGCACUGAGAGGCCAAGCCCAGAAGCAAGCACUUCAUCUCAUGAGGCUCGAGAUGAAGCCAUGCCAGAUGCCAGACAGAAUCUUGAGCAGGAGCUUUCAUUGAUAAACAAGGCUGAAGAGUCAGGAGUUGUCUACCUACUUGGGCAUGGUGAUAUUAGGGCCAGAAAGGACUCCUGGUUUCUCAAGAAACUAGUCAUAAAUUACUUCUAUGCAUUCUUGAGAAGGAACAGCAGGAGAGCGAUGACAACAUUGACUGUUCCCCGCACAAAUUUAAUGCAAGUUGGCAUGACCUACAUGGUUUAGGGAAUAUUGACUACUCUUUGGCCAGUCUAAGGUUAACUUUUCUUCAACUCAGACAUCAGACUGUUUACAGGAAGCUAGAAUCACACGGACAUGGGUCGGUCGAUGGAUGGUUUUGUUCGUGACAGAGAACUGACAAGAAGUAAAUUUGCCUUGCAAGUUGAGAAAGAAAUUAUGCUGUCCACAGAUUACAGUACCUACUGAUGCUGUUUUUUUUUUCCCGUUGUUUUGUUGUUCUUCAUGUGACAUCUAUCUUUAGAACAUACUGGACUAACCAACAGUCGCAUUAUAUGUCAGAAAAUAUUUCAUAAAGGAUAUCAGCACAUCAAUUUUGGCGAACAUGUUACUAUAGGAAACACAUCCUUUCUGUUA